UUAAACUUGGUUGUUAUUUUAAUUGUUGCAUAACAUAAAAUAUGUAAAAAAAAAAAUUGCAUUACAAAUAAAAUGUAUUGUUAUUUUUAAGUGAAUGUUAUUUAAUUUCAGUCUCAAGCUGAGCACACAGAGCGUCAGAUUAAACUGGAGUUUGAGAAGCUUCAUCAGUUUCUCAGAUAUGAAGAAGAAACUGCAAUCUCUGCACUGAGGGAGGAAAAGCAGAGGAAGAAUCAGAUGAUGACGGAGAAGCUUGAGGAGAUGAACAGAUGCAUAUCAGCUCUUUCACACACAAUCAAAGACAUGGAGGAGAUGAUGAAUGCCAGCGAAGUCUUGUUUCUAAAGAACUUCCCAGUCACAAUGGAAAGACUCCAGACCUCACAGCCGGACCCACAGGUGGCUUCUGGAGCUUUGAUUGAUGUGGCAUGUUACUUGGGCAACCUGCAGUUCAGAGUCUGGAAGAAGGCGCAAGGCAUUGUCCAAAACACUCCAGUAAUUCUGGAUCCAAACACAGCUCAUCCAGAUCUCCUCUUGUCUGAUGAUCUGACCAGUCUGAGAUGCAGUUCGGACAGUCAAGCGCUUCCUGAUAAUCCAGAGAGAUUUGACGAGUAUUCCUGUGUUCUGGGUUCAGAGGGGUUUAACUCGGGAACACACUGCUGGGAGGUGGAGGUUAAAGAGAGCUCGUCCUGGGCUCUGGGAGUAACUAAGGCAUCAAGCCAAAGGAAGGGAUGUGAUUUCUUUGACACUGGAGUGUGGAGUGUGCAGUACAGACUGUUUGAAGAGUCUGGUUUUCCUGUCACACAGAAGCUUGAGCGGGUGAGAGUUCAGCUGGACUAUGACAGAGGAACGGUGUCAUUCUCUGAUCCUGUAACUAACACACAUCUGUACACGUUCACAACCACCUUCACUGAGAACGUCUUUCCAUUCUUCUAUAGCUUUUCCCAUCUGAGGAUCUUACAAUUGUAUUAUUUGUAAAAGUUAUACCUGUACAUCCACAGCUAACAAAAAUAAGUUCUAAAACCGGUUUAGCAACGUUCCCAUUAAUUUGUGAAUUUAAUGAACGCCACCGGAAUCAUCUCACUAUCGGCUUUGAACAAUUAAUUGACAGAGUAAGCCUGAUUCAAACCUCUAACUCCCAAGCAAGUUCAGCCUGUCCCACUUGCAGUCUUUGCGUGAGUAGAAUUUUUUUUAGGCUACCUGACAGGACACAAAAAGCAAGUAAGGUUUUACACAUUUUUAUUUUCAGUAGCUACUUUGCACUUAAACUACUAAAUCUCUGUUAAAUCUUCUAAAAUAAACUUCUAAAUCACUGUUCAGUAGUCCCUAUAUAAUAGACAAAUACACAUACUCAUCUCUGCACCAGUAAAAUGUGCAGCACUUUUCCUUUUACUGUAUGUAAUAUCUAAUUAAUUUAACUUACACUGGAAAGUUUUUUAUUUAUCUUGUGAUUUUGGUGCACAUGAGUUCAUGAAUAUGAUGAAUGAUGGGAUACGCUUGGCCUGAAAUACCACUCCGAAGUGGAUUUAGUCAGCAUAGUGCACUGCGCUUUAGCAUUUAUCAUACACGUACAUUUACUUAUCAUGUUCACACACUCUCAAGUGGCCAAGACCGCAAGUGUGGGUAUUGGGAUAGGCCCAGUGUACAAAACUGGGCUGUGUACAUUGCAUAGCACAUACCAAGCUGAUGAUAAAAUUUAAGUUGCGCACUUUACAAUUACAAAAAAUACUUACACUGUUACACAUGCUAACAUUUUAGCCUAAUGUAAUUUUGUUAAAUUGACUGUUUAUCUGUUUAGCGAUGAAUGUUUGUGCUCAUGUUGAUGUAAUUAAAUAA